GGAGCUGCUUCCUGGGGAAGAUAACUUAAUUCCCGUCAGGGGAAAAAGUUCUUGUGUGUGACGCCCGUGACGUCAUGGACUUGCGUAGGGCGGCGCUACAGGACUCGCCAGCCUACGCCAGCGUCACUGCAGCGGGGUUGUGAGUUAAGCAGCCAGAGGACCCCAGAGGAUGCAAGCCACAACAGUUGCCUAAUUCCUGUGUACCUGUUUACUGCUAGGUGAAGAGAGGCUCCAGAUGAAAGAAAAUGUGCUCUGUCUACAUCCAGCAUAAUAGUUGAACCUGGGACCUUUCAACUGUGAUCCAACUGCACUGACCCCUACAAGCCAAGCCAGUAGGGACUGUGUUUAAUUAGCAGCUUGAGGAACAUUUUGUAAGUCUUCAGCACUGCAUAAGAUUUCAGCAUUACAAUAGGCACUGUUCCUCUAUAUUAAAUGGCUGGGGCAAGGACGAUUGUGAAACAGGAGCGUGGAAGUUUUUGUAGCAGUGUCUUGUGUAGGUGAAUCAACUUACACCAUUUAACCUGGUAGUAAAGCCAAUGUUUAUUAUUUUGUAUGUGGAGACAAAUGGACAGCAUGGUAAAUUUUCUAAAGAGUGUCUUUGUUUUUUAAGGAAUAAUAGGUAAAUAUGCUCUAAUAAUUUGGGAAUUAAAUGAUUAAUAGGACAGUACUGUUAAAUGUAAUUUUUGUAAAUGUGUGAAUGCUACUUUUAUUAACAUAUUUAAUGGUGUCCCAAGAUUAAGGUAUGCCUAAUCAUACAAAGAUUUGUUUUUUAAAAGUUUUGUUUCAAUUGUGCGUAUUUGAUAGGGAAAAAGUGACGUAUUUGUGAGUUACCACUGCAAAUUCUUGAAAGUGAAAAAUAGCUAGCUGUGAAUAACGAAAUACUUAAGUUAUAGUAUGAAGAGUUGUACUGUAUAUCUGGUGGGUGACUUGCAAGGGAUUAUUACUAGCCAUUAUAAUAAUAAUGAGUGAAAAACGAGCAAAUGAAGCCAUUUCAUCUGGUGAGGAACUGAAAUUGCCUGCCAAAACUGAACCAGAUGAAAUGGAUAAAACUUUCAAGCUUUCAAAGGAGCAUUCUAGUCAAAAACCACAUCAAUGCCGCUAUUGUUCCAAAACAUUUUCUCACAAGUGUUAUUGUGAGUAUCACGAGAGGGUACACACUGGAACGCGGCCACAUAAGUGCAACACUUGUGGUAAAACCUUUGUACAUAGAAGCAAUCAUGCAGUUCACAUGAGGAUACAUACAGAUAACAAGCCUUAUAAGUGUAAAAUGUGUAACAAGCAAUUUCGGGUCAAAUGCAACCUGAUUGCUCACUCAAGAAUUCAUACUGGUGAGAAACCUUACAAAUGUGACCUCUGUCCAAAGACUUUUAUCCAGAAACAUAAUGCUAUUCAACACAAAAGAACACACAUGGAAGAGAAACCCUAUAAAUGUGAUUUUUGUCAAAAAUCUUAUUUCAUAAAGGAUGACCUCAAUGUUCACUUAAGAAUACAUAAUGGAAAAAAUUAUCAAUGCUCUUUAUGUAGUAAAGGAUUCUUUGAUAAAACUACACUUAUGUCUCACAUGAGUAUCCAUACUGCUGAUAAAGUUUAUGAGUGCAAUUUCUGCAACAUAACAUUUUUACAAAAGGAUCACUUUAAUUAUCAUAUGAGAGCACACAUAAGUAAAACAUCUUUUAGGUGUGAAUAUUGUUGUAAGGCCUUCUUGCAAAAAUCAUUACUUAAUAAGCAUAAAAAGAUACAUAUCAAUGAGAUGAAAUUUAUCUGUUCUUUAUGUGGAAAUGAAUUUUCUCGAAAGUCGUGCCUGUCAUUACAUAUGAAAAUGCACGCAGAGAGAGAAAAACUUUUCAAGUGCAAAUUCUGUGGAAAACGUUUUAGUCAGAGUGCCCAUUGUAUUCAUCACAUGAGCAUUGUAUGCAAGUAUAGAAAAAAUAUCAACAGUUUAUUUGAGUUUAUUGAUUGUGGAGUAAGUAAUGAUGUAGCUAGUACUAAAUCUGGAAAUGUUUCUGAUGACUUAAACUCAAUGAAUAUGUGUGAGAUAAAUACAGAAAGGAACCCGGCUACUUUUGCUAUCACUUCAGCUGAGACAGUGUUCUCUGAUGUUGUUAUAAAGAAAGAGGAAAUUUUGGAGGAUGAUGAUGUUGCUUAACCCUUGCACUGCACACCUGUUACAUGUGAUACUCCUGUGGUGCACAUCAAAAAAAUUAAUUACAAAAUUAUUUUUCUUGCAAAUGAUGUACUGUAUUGUUAUAAUGCAUUCCCUGAUCACUGGAAACUAAAAAAAAAAAUUGUAUAUAGCAGUGUGGUGUAAUGCUAAAAUAUGACAAUGACACCACUGAUUCACAAUUGCUGUUCACACUUCUGGUUUCUAAAUUCUGAAUAUGAAUCUUUUUUUACAUUUAUUCAAUUUAUAAAGGAACAUGUGCUCCCAUUGCAUGAUGUGCAGAAAUAAAAACUGCGGCUGUGUGCUGUUUUUUAUACGUCUUGCUUUAGAAACAUUGUCACCAGGAUCAGGUUUACUGACAUCUAAACCUUGUACAUUGGGUCUUUUCUGUCACUGUCAGUGUUUUCUUUGUCAGUAUCAUCAAUAAAUAAAUGCAGAUAAUUAUUUAUUUAGUCAUUAUUAAGGGAUGCUGUGUUGUAAAAGUUGCAUAGCAGUGCUGUGAGCUGCAGCAACAUGCACUACCCAUGAUUGAUCCAGGGUUAGUAUGCAGCGAUGAGUCACAAUAACGUGGCUAAAGUAUGUUGACCAGACCACACACUAGAAGGUGAAGGGACGACGAC